UGGGUGUGAAGUAGAUAAGCAUCGGUCCUGCACGGUGACUCGCAGUCAGAGCUUAGACUAGCCUGCACAGAGAGAUCGGGGAGAGCCACUGUCCACACAAUGAAGGGCUGCUUCUGCUUGCUUGGGAUUCUUGUCCUGUCUGUCAGGCUGGCAGAUGUUUCUGGCGAUGAGAUCAUUGGGGGUAAGGAGGCCAUACCUCACAGCCGCCCCUACAUGGUCUACUUGGCAAUAAGCAGAGGGAGACGUCGCUGCGGCUGUGGUGGCUUCCUAAUUCGGGAAGACUUUGUCUUGACUGCAGCGCACUGCAAUGGAAAAGAGAUUAGAGCUGUUCUGGGAGCACAUGCAAUAUUGGAGGAAGAAAAUUCUCAGCAGUUUAGGCAUGUGAAGAAGAUCCUCCCUCACCCGCGAUACUGCCAGACAAAUCACGACAUCAUGUUACUGAAGCUGGCAAGCAACGCCACCCUGAAUGAGAACGUGAAAGUGGUGCCGUUGCCGCGGAAACUGGAGGUCGUUCUCCCUGGUACGGAGUGCUCUGUGGCGGGAUGGGGGGCGAUGAAUGUAACAGGGACCGACUCUGCCAAAAAACUCAUGGAGGUCGCUGUGACUGUGAGCAGCUGGCAACAGUGCAGAAGGAGGUGGGAGGAAAAAUUCACAGAGUACAUGAUAUGUGGAGGCACGGCAAACGACGGAGCUUGUAAGGGAGAUUCCGGGGGACCCCUGGUGUGCAGAGGCGUGGCUCAUGGAAUCGUGUCCUUCGGGAGUAAGCCAUGCAGCAAGAGGCCAGACGUGUACACAAAGAUCUCCAUGUACAUGGACUGGAUCCAAGAAACCCUGGCCAACAACUGAGAGCGUCCAGCUGGAUCGCCAUUGCAGUCAGCCUGCUAAGUGACCGCAGCUCCGCACGCUUUGCUAAAAGAUCAAGAAUCAUUGGUUUCCUGCUUUACAUGAUAUAUAUUGAUUUCAAGCAGUGUGUAUUCAAGUACUCCAGUAUUAUCUGAGCACUAUUACUAAUCCUAAUCAGCAGCAUUAUGCAUUUCGCUUGGUUUUGAUUCUUGAAUAGGAAACGUGGUUGAAAAGUGCUUUAGAAAGACAUCUUCAUUGCUGCAUUAGCUUUACCUCUGUUGCCUUGUAAACUCGGCAGUGAAUUAAAGAGUUGAUCAAA